UAGAUUAAGCAAAUAUGCCGAGGAGGGAGGGGAGGCCGGCUACGAAUUAGCCUAAGUUAUUAAAGAUGGCGGCGGAGCGAAGUCGCUCCCCGAUGGACUCGCCGGUCCCGGCCUCUAUGUUCGCCCCCGAGCCCAGCUCCCCGGGGGCGGCCAGGGCCGCGGCGGCUGCCGCCCGGCUCCACGGCGGCUUCGACUCGGACUGCAGCGAGGACGGCGAGGCGCUCAACGGCGAGCCGGAGCUGGACCUCACCAGCAAGCUGGUUCUAGUGAGCCCUACAUCAGAGCAGUAUGACAGCCUACUUCGGCAGAUGUGGGAGAGGAUGGACGAGGGAUGCGGAGAGACCAUAUAUGUCAUUGGGCAGGGAUCAGAUGGAACGGAGUAUGGACUGAGUGAAGCUGACAUGGAGGCCUCGUACGCCACAGUGAAGAGCAUGGCGGAACAGAUAGAGGCCGACGUCAUCCUCCUGCGCGAGCGGCAAGAAGCUGGGGGCCGAGUGCGUGACUACCUGGUCCGGAAACGAGUGGGAGACAAUGACUUCCUGGAGGUCAGGGUGGCGGUAGUAGGCAACGUGGAUGCCGGCAAAAGCACGCUUCUGGGGGUCCUGACGCACGGGGAGCUGGACAACGGCCGAGGCUUCGCCCGCCAGAAACUCUUCCGCCACAAACACGAGAUUGAAUCUGGGCGCACCAGCAGUGUGGGCAACGACAUUCUGGGCUUCGACAGCGAAGGCAACGUGGUGAACAAGCCAGACAGCCAUGGCGGCAGCCUGGAAUGGACAAAGAUUUGUGAGAAAUCCACUAAGGUCAUUACCUUCAUCGACUUGGCUGGCCAUGAGAAAUACCUGAAGACCACUGUCUUUGGCAUGACCGGUCAUUUGCCGGACUUCUGCAUGCUCAUGGUGGGCAGCAAUGCUGGCAUCGUGGGGAUGACCAAGGAGCAUCUGGGCCUGGCAUUGGCACUCAAUGUGCCUGUCUUCGUGGUGGUCACCAAGAUUGACAUGUGUCCUGCCAACAUCCUGCAAGAAACCCUGAAGCUGUUGCAGCGCCUGCUGAAGUCGCCAGGCUGCCGGAAGAUUCCUGUGUUGGUACAGAGCAAGGAUGACGUGAUUGUCACAGCCUCCAACUUCAGCUCCGAGAGGAUGUGCCCGAUAUUCCAGAUCUCCAACGUCACAGGUGAGAACCUAGAUCUGCUGAAGAUGUUCCUCAACCUCCUGUCCCCCCGCACCAGCUACCGAGAGGAGGAGCCCGCCGAGUUCCAGAUUGACGACACUUACUCUGUCCCAGGUGUGGGGACAGUGGUGUCGGGGACAACGCUGAGAGGCCUGAUCAAGCUGAACGACACACUGCUGCUGGGCCCAGAUCCCCUGGGUAACUUCCUGUCCAUUGCUGUCAAAUCAAUCCACCGCAAGCGCAUGCCUGUCAAGGAGGUGCGGGGGGGCCAGACGGCCUCGUUUGCACUAAAGAAGAUCAAGCGCUCGUCCAUCCGCAAGGGCAUGGUGAUGGUUUCCCCACGCUUGAACCCCCAGGCCUCCUGGGAGUUUGAGGCCGAGAUCCUCGUCCUCCACCACCCCACCACGAUUAGUCCGCGCUACCAGGCCAUGGUUCACUGUGGGAGCAUCAGGCAGACGGCCACCAUUCUGAGCAUGGACAAGGACUGUCUGCGCACUGGGGACAAGGCCACUGUGCACUUCCGCUUCAUCAAGACCCCUGAGUACCUGCACAUAGACCAGCGGCUGGUGUUUCGGGAAGGUCGCACCAAGGCUGUGGGCACCAUCACCAAGCUCCUCCAGACCACCAACAACUCCCCGAUGAACUCGAAGCCCCAGCAGAUUAAGAUGCAGUCAACGAAAAAGGGCCCCCUGGCCAAACGAGAAGAGGGAGGCCCCUCUGGGGGGCCGGCAUUAGGGGCGCCCCCACCUGGAGAUGAAGCUUGCUCUCUCGGGACUGUCCAGCCUGCUUUGUCCAGUGGCCUCCAGGCACAGCCCAAGCCCAGCAGCGGGGGCCGGCGACGGGGGGGCCAGCGUCACAAAGUGAAAUCCCAGGGGGCCUGCGUGACUCCUGCCAGCGGCUGCUGAAUCUCCCCUGGCCUGCCCCCACCACCCACGGGAUCCUUGUACUCUGGCCACCGUGCCACCAGACGGGCCAGAGCUGCUCUGACCGCCACCUGUCCUCCCCCCGGCCGCAGCUGGAGCCUUGUCCUGCCCCCCACCCCCACUUUCCAGGGGGUUGUAAUUUAUAAGCUGAGGAAGGUGGCCAGACUUCUGGAGGACUGACCAUCAUCCACCUUCUUCCCUGUCUUCUUCCUUACUACAUUUUUUGUAUAUCUGGGCCCUUAGUUUUUAUUCUUUUUAUUAUCUCUCUCUCUCUAGUGUGCACGCGUGCGUGCGUGUGCGUGCGGGUGUGUGUGUGGUGCAGAAGUGUAGCCAGUCAGGGCCCUGGCAGUCUUUCUCCUUUUUUCCUCCGUGGCUGGCCACCAGCCUCCAGGAGCUGGCUGCCUGCCUAUCUGUCCAUCUGUCCAUCCGUCUGUGUGUUUCUGUGACAACCUUUAGGGGCUUUCAGAAGCUGAAGAGCACAUUACUCCCCUGUGCUCACCCUCCUCCCCUGUGCUCACCCCUCGGUGCCCGGAGCCCUCUACAGAGCCGGACUCGGGGCUCAGGGGUUUCAUCAGUGUCUGCUGCUGCCAGAGCAGGGAUCCUACUUUCUGGGAUGAAGGGUAGUUUAGCAGAAUGGAGAGAGGUGGCUUCCUUUUUUCUCUCUCUCCGUUUUAACCCCUUAAGCCCCAAAACAGGUUAUGCCAAAAGCUCUUGAGUUGCAGCCUGUAGAUGUGAGGAGAGGAGUGGCACUUGGAGCGUAGGAGCCUCCCUGCCCCUAACACUGACCCUUGCCACUGACCCAAACACCGCAGGUGGGUUUUCUUUCUCCUUGGAGACAAUCCCAUUUUCCUGGCCAGGCCAGGGCCCCUCCUGCUCUGCUGAUUCUGCUGAGCUCCAGCUUUGGCCCUGGAGCUUCAGCUCUGAAUCUUGUUGGGCCUGGGGGCACUGAUGACCCACCUGGACUGGGAUCAGCUUGCUCUGGGUCCUGUUCACUAGCACCUCCUACUGGUGGAGAUGUGUUCCUCGGAGCCAGGCCCGGACUAGAACUCUUCCCUACGACGGCCCCGCCAGGUUGCCUCCACAUGGCUGCUAUGGGAGCACCCCGGGGAAAGGUCUGAGCCCUGGUUUUGGAGGCCCCCGUUGGGGUGUGGGGUGGUUAGGUAGGGGGUUGUGAGAAAGAUUCUCCCAGGCCCAGCACACAGCAUUAAGCCCUCUGGAAGAUUCACUGCCUGGGGUCAUCCAGGCUAGAGAUGGCACUGUGGGGCCCGAAUGCGCCUGGCCUGCACUGUCGACAGAAGCCCUUGGUUUAGGGUGGACUGGUGGGUGGAGAUCCACUCUUUCUAGCCAGGGCAGACCCUUGCUGGCUGGGUCCUUCCUCAGCCUUGCCUUCUUCCCAUCCGCAGCCCUCUCCAUCCUUCUUGCUUCUGAACUGUUGGUCCCCCACCCCUCCCCUCUCCUCCAACUCUUUCUAGUUACCACUGACCCAUGGCCAUGGACUGACCAGACCAGCACAAAAAAUAAAGGUUUGUUCCAAGUUGAUGGUGUCAUGUUCCCUGCCCAGGCCCUCCAGGUGGAGGUGCUCCCGUGGGGAAUGCUGGCCGUGCCUCCCUAGAGCCCCCAGCCGUGGAGCAGGGCGGGGUGGGAGGAGCCCAGCUUCUCCUCUCGGGAUGCGUAGCUUCAAAACCCAGGCUCCUCUGCCGGCUAUGACAUGGGACAAGUUGCCAGUCUUCUCUGAACCUCAGUUUCCUCAUCUAGAGCAGGAGGUCAGCGAACACCCGGGUCGCGGUGGGUGUAAGGAUUUGGUGAGAGAAUGGAUGGUGAAGCUCUGACGUGCCCGGCACAGGGGGGGUGCCCAGUGAACGGUCCUCGCACCGCUUACCGCUGAGCCAGCUCCCGCGUCCAUGGGGCGAGGGGCAGGCUCUGAAGGUGAAGUGUGUUGACGUGUCUCUGUGAUGUGGCUGUGCUGGGCCGGAUGUCUCCCUCACCCGUUGGGUUUCGAAGCUACUCCAUAGGAAGGAGGCGGUGUUCCAUUUUUCCGGUUGGGAAACAAGCGCAGAGAGCUGAGCUGCCAGCAGGCAGGCUCAUCCCCGCAGCGGCCCACGCCACGGCCCUUUGCAGGCGGCUGCUCUGCUCUGUGCCCUUCGGCCCCUGCCUGUUCCUCUGUGGGCUGUUUCCCUCUUGCUUUUUUGACUCUGGUUCUGCUCACAGGGGCUGCUGCCCACUGGUGCCUUCCUAAGAGGAGGGCUCUGGCAUGGAGCACGCCCCUGCUCCCGUCCCCAUGGCAGGUGCUGUGGAGGCCGAUUCCACAGGACUUCUCUAGGGCGGCGCCUUGUUUUGCCUGAACUCUUUCGCCCCUAAGAGCAUGACCACUUUGCUUCCGGAAGCUGUGGCCUCCGGCCCUGGCCUCUGCCGUCAGACACUCAGGAGGUUGGUCUGGAUCGGUGGUCGCCAGGCCCGCACCUGCUAGCAGGGGCUCACUGAAGCCAGUGUUUUACUGUCAUUAACAGGGAUUCCAAAGGUCCCCUACGGGUCUCAGCCCUACCAACAGUCACUUUGGAACAAAACACCAGCCCUUUUGUAGACGAUAAAGAAUAAAGUUGUUAACUGAUCAUCUC